UGCGUGGUACGGAAAUAGCGGCGCCUCUGGGUGCUUUCGGAAAAAUGGAUGACCGUGAAAAGGGGUUUUAAAAAAAUGCAUAAUUGCGAAAAAAAAAUAGCUACCGCUUAUAUAAUUAUUAUUUAUUUGGGUUUUUUUACUCGCAGUCUUUACUAUACGAGCAUGCGGUCUAGAAGUCUAGCGCCUUUUCCCGUUUUCUUUCUUUCAUCGCUAACAGGAUUUGCGGGAGUGCACGUGAACGCAGCACGCGUAGGAGCUGACAGGAAGUGAAAGCUCUGUUGUUGGACAGACGCUUUCUCCCAGCUGACGAUUUCCUCUCCCCAAACCCUCAGCCCUCCACCUGAGCGCCAGUCUCCAUCAUGGACAACCUAGAGGAGGACCUGACGUGCUCCGUGUGCUACUCUCUGUUCUCCGACCCACGAGUCCUGCCCUGUUCACACACUUUCUGCAAGACCUGCCUGGACAACCUCCUCCAGGUGUCGACUAACUACUCCAUCUGGCGUCCGCUCCGCCUGCCGCUAAAAUGCCCCAACUGUCGCAGUGUGGUGGAGCUGCCCCCUGCGGGUGUAGAUGCUCUGCCCACCAACGUGUCUCUGCGGGCUAUUGUCGAGAAAUAUCAGAUGGACAGUGAGCCGCGACCACCUUCCUGUCCGGAGCACCACAGGCAGCCUCUGAAUAUGUACUGUAUCCAGGACCGGCAGCUAAUCUGCGGGAUGUGCCUGACGGUGGGGCAGCACCACGGCCAUCCCGUAGACGACCUGCAGGCAGCUUUUAUCCGAGAAAAACUGACGCCGUCACAGCUUCUGAAAAGGCUCUCUGAGGAGAGAUGGGCACAGGUGUGUGAGCUGGGGGAACAGCUGGAGCAGGAGAAGGCCUGCUGUGAGGGUGUGGUGAGGCAGGACCGACAGGAAGUCAACCAGUUUUUUCAAACACUGGAGGUGGUGCUGGCCAGGAAGAGGCAAGCCUGCCUGGACGCUCUAGAUAAAGCUGGAGCUGAGGUGUCGCGCGCGUAUGACCCUCUCAUCCACCAAGUAAAGGAGCUACAGGAAGAACAGCUGGAUCUGGUGUCCUUGGGUUCAUCAGUAGAGGAUGAAGACUCGCCCCUGGUCUUCUUGGAGAAGGUGCAUUUGUUCAGAGAGCGGGUGGAGGAGUUCAUUAAAACCCCUCUGCCCUCUGUGAUGACCCUGUCCGUCACUCCGCGGGCAGCAGAGUACCUCCAGCAGCACUGGCCUGUCGUGACCAUCGGGAGCUUGGAGGAGGCACCUGUUCCUAAGGUGCGCUGCUGUGCCAGAUGUGGCGGUGCUGGGAGUGAAGCUGGAGGGGGUCGCUCCAGCAGAGGGGUUCAGGAUGUGUGGGGUGAGCUACAACCUACUACGUCGGUGGUGCUGCUGGGGCUGCUGCUGCUGUUGGCGGUGCUGUGGGUGAACCCGGUCGGAGGGGCGUCACUCGGCUUCUCCCUCAUGUCUCGGCUCAGCCACUUGGUCCACAGCCUGAGCAGCGAACUCAUCACCUGCGUGUGGGACACAUUGGGGAGGGCAUAUACCGCGGCGGGGGUGGCUGUAGAUAGAUGGAGCUCACAGCUCUCUGCGGUGGGUGUUAGGGUGUUUGAGCACCUGGCUGCCUUAUUUAAAACUCUGACGUCUCGAUAAGAACGGCCAAGCAGGUUCAGAAAACCUUUAAAUGCGUUUAGAUUUUUUUUUUAAAAAGUCUCACUUCCCUGUUAGUGUAGAGACGGAAAGAAUCCACCCUAAAACAGUUUGUAAACAGCUGCUACUCGCGAUUUUACGUUCCCGUUUUGUUUAACAAAAUGAGAGCCACAAUGGUGAAUUAGAUUUUGCUGACGUCUGCACAGCGAGGGUUUGGGACAGUGACCUUUUUCAUGAACAGGAAAACUUGAGGUCAUUCUAAACAAUAACAAAAAGUCAGCCAAUAGAUGCAAAGACUGAACAAAAAACAUUAAUAAGAUUCAUUAGAAAUGCCUUAACCACAAGUAUACCUUUAGUCACACACAAAAGGUUACAUGUAUGUAUGUUUUCUCUAAUGUGAUUGUUCUGCACAAACAUUUCAAAAGCUUCCUGUAACCUUCUGUAGGUGCACUUUGUGUAGCUUUAUAUCCUUUUUCCUCUAUUAUUGUGUUAUUGAUUUUGCUCUUCUUUGGACGCAUGUUACUCUAAAUAAUGUUCAGAACAUCAAACACUAAUCCAUCUUGAACCGUUCGGUCAUUCUCUGUCCAGUCUUGCUAUGGGACAUUUCAGUAGCUUUCCUGCAGUUUCUAUAUAUGGGACACAAGUGCUGCAGGCUACACGUAGAAGCCCUCACACGGAGCGAUUUACAGUGACUGGUGCAGUAUGUGAAAUUUAGAGCCUGGUGAGUGGAAGCAGACACUCGUUGGACCUGAGUUAAAGCCACCACAGAUCAUGUUGCAGUGAUGCCGAGCGCCUCCCUGACUGUGCCUUUAGCCAUCAUGCCUUCAGCUCGCCUCGCUUAAUAGCUUUACAGUAAUUCCACCAGGACCAAUACAUCGUUCCCAGGACAGAGCUUACCUUAAAAAAAGAAAAGAAAAGAAAAACAAAGAGCCCCUAAAAUGCUGCCCUGAUUUACAGUCAACUUUUAAAAGUUGUUACUUUAUUUUACUCAGUUCAGCUCUUUACUGAGUAUCCAGCAGAUAUCUGUGCAGUAAUGCAGACUCUGCACAGGCAUGAUACAAACCAGGAUUUUAUAUGCUGCUGAAAUCAGACUGAACUAAUGUAGUCACACCUGUUGUAGUGUUUGUACUUUUAUAAACUUCAGCUCAUGUAUUGAAUAAAUACUUGUGUCGUGUUCAGUUUUUCCAAAGGUGAGAUGAAACAUUUUGUGCUGCAAUGAGAACGAUUAUUAAGUGAGCUCCCUUUACUGAGCCAGUAGUGUCAAAUAUAUCUGCAGUUUAAGUUGUAAAGGGAAAAGCUUGCUAAGGUAUAAUCAAACUCCCUACAUCGUUGGCUGAACCAGCAAAACUCCAGUAUCACUGUAAAGACAUUUAACUACACAUUUAAUAUAAAAAGGAUUUAAUUUUAAUAGUACAUCUCAGAUUUUACACAGACAGCUGCUGUAACAAAUGCAAAACAUUUGUCAGCACAUGAGAAAAUUUUCUUUAAAAAAAAAAAAUAGCAGCAUUUCAUCAUAAAGAACAAUAUUUACAUGAUGUGUGAAAGGUAAAGUAAAAGAGCAAACAGGGUUCUUGGGUUUAGGCAGUGAUGGCGUCGUGCUCUUUAAAGACGAUGGUCUUUGGGUUGAUUCCCACACUCUUGGUGGUGUUGUUAGUUUUGUAGAUGCCGAUGAGACGAUCAGCGAUCUCGAACAUGUUGUUCCUCAGGGAAAUGAUGAUGAACUGUGCGUUCUUUGUUUGCUCCUGAAAGAAAAAUACAUUUCCUUUACACCACCUUGCUGCUUUUUAAAGUAGCACUACUACUCAAAAGGGUGAAUGUUUGAGGCAUUAACAGAAUCAACCGCUCCAUACUCACAUAAAUGUAACAGGCCACAAUGGAGACGUUCUUGAAAUCAAGGGCAGCAUCAAUCUCGUCCAUGAAAUAGAGUGGUGUGGGCUUAUAGUGGUGUAGCGCAAACACCAGAGCCAAGGAGCUGAGGGUCUUUUCUCCUCCCGACAGGUUAAAGAUCUUCUUCCAGCUUUUCUUGGGAGGACGAACACUUUAAAAAAAAAAAAAAAAGUUUGUUUGUCUAGCAAAUGCA